AUGAAACUAGCUGGUUUCGAUUUUCCAUCCAUCAAGGAAGCUGACGCAAUGUUCUCCGCUCAGGUAGCUCCUGACUGGCAUGAUGGCUCCGAGUGCUUCCGCUGCCGAUCCGAAUUUUCGCUUUUCAAUCGUAAACACCACUGCCGCGCUUGUGGUCAAAUCUUCUGUGAUCGCUGCAGCACCAAGGAAAUUCCUUUGCCACAGUUUGGAAUUGAAAAAGAGGUUCGCGUGUGCGAUGCAUGUUUCGAGAAGAUUUCAUCCAAAACGAGUGAAACAAAAGUAGUUAAGAGUGAGCCAUUAGCUUCUACUUCGGUGAAAGAAGAUAUCUCACAAGCUGAAAAGGAGAAGCUAUUGAAGGAAAAGGAGGAGGAAGAUCUGGCAUUGGCUCUUGCUAUAAGUCAAAGUGAAGGCAGAAGCGAAGGAGCAGGAGCGGCAAAAAUCCUUGUACGCAAUAUACAACGGAUGCAGCCUCGUUAUCGUCGUACAACCCAUCCGAAAUGGGCUAUAAAGGAGCUGCGCCCAGCAUCGCUGAAUCGCCAUCCGAUAAUCUUGCUGUGGAUGACCCUCUCGCUAGAUAUCUCAAUAGGGACUACUGGCAACAGC